GAUAAUAGAUAGACCAUGGUAUUAUGAAAAUAUAGUAGUCUGGUUACUCUAAAAAAGUAAAUGUAUGUUUUAUCAUUUAUAAAUUAUUUGGAUUUCUGUAUACAGAAGUAUGAAUUUAAAUUGUUGCGUCGAAUUAUAAGCAAUACAUUAUUAUUCGAUCGAAAAAUCCGACACAAUUUAUCUAAAUUUCGAAUACUUGUUAGUUAAAUCCGUAUAUAAUAUGUGUAUGAGUGCUUUUAGUGUAUACACAAAAAAAAUAAAAAACUUGCCUGACCUGAAAUAAUUUUAAUGUAUCAGCUAUGUUCCGGAAAUCACAUAUCUGUUCAAUAUAGCUUUGAAUAAAAAAUUAAAAAUAACAAUGGCACAGAGUCCAGUUCAAGCUCAUCCAAACACUGAUGCUUCCUCAAGUAGUGCAACUGCCCUUGGGAUGGCCAUAGGAAAAGUAAUUGGAGGGUCCAACUCUCCAAAACAUGUUAAGAACGAACCAUUUUCCACAAUGUCGCCGGACCAAUCUAAAAAUUCUGAAGAAAUUUCGGAGAAACCCGGAACAAGUAACGAAAAGAGUUUAGUUCUCCCAACUGCUGGAAAAGGCGUUACCGUAGGAACUAAUUGUACAGAUGGGCAAUCAUCAAAAGCGACAUGUGUUGUAGGUGCCACCGGUUCACCUAUUCUAAGGCAAAACUCUUCAAGCAGCAUAAAUUCCUGCCUUGGAACGUCUCCAAACACCAGCGAACAAUCUAAUAGUAGUAAUUUAUCUGCUUCUUCUGCAUUAAAUCCAAAUGUGGACAGUGACGUUGUUCAAAAAGAGGAUCCAGCUAAAAACAAAAAUAUUGGAAAUGAAGAAAAUAUGGAAAAAACUUCCUGUAAGGCUAAAAGCUUAGGUUCUGGAAUUGGAUCGGCAUCUGGAUUGGCAGUAACUGGCGCUUUAAAGGAAGAACCAGCUGAUAUUCUUAAUAGUUUGGUGAAUAUAAAAAAAGAAGAAAGAGAAAAUCUGUCGCCAAGUAUAUCACCUGUUGGGUUUGGUUCUAUUGGCAUGGACAAUUCAAACAUCUCUGUAAAAAUCGAGAUGAGCAAUAAUGUUAACGAAAAGAUGGAGCCACUGACCCUAAAUAAUGAAGAACUGGGAAUGGAAUCCAUUACGUGCAAUCAGUUAAACGCCGAUAUACUUAAUGAAUCUGUGCCCGGAUUGGCUAUUGGCUUGAAUUCUUCUCAUGGUACUGGCUUACCGCAAUGUUCUGCAGUUGGAUCUGGAGCUGGUUCCGGUGUGAGCAAUAUGUUGCCAGUUAAUCCGAAUUCAUCCGGAUUAGCAAACUGCUUAGACUAUAUGCAACAGCAAAAUCAUAUAUAUGUAUUUUCUACCCAGCUGGCAAACAAAGGAGCUGAAUCAGUUUUAAAUGGUCAUUUCCAAACAAUUAUUGCUUAUCAUUGCACGCAACCAGCUACUAAAAGCUUUCUUGAAGAUUUUUUUAUGAAGAAUCCGCUAAAAAUGAAUAAGCUACAACGACAGGGUUCGUUGGGGAUGCCGUGGAUAGGAGUUACAUCGGGAUCUAUGGCAACGAAUUCUUCGGUUUCCAAAACAUCAGUUCAGCCGCAUCUACAACAGAAGCCUCUUUUAAACAUAAAACCUUCUAUCAGUCAAACGGAUAAUCUUAAACGUAACUCUUUGAUUGGAAAUAAUAGUGGAUUUACAGAGCAGUCAAAUCCAUUAUCUAAUGAUAACGAUCUUAUGUGCUGGGAAAGUGGAACAGACAGUAGCGGCGCCAAUGGUAAUGUAAGUGGCUCCGUUUCAAUUUCUCGAAGUAAUUUAGACGGGAGCAGCGCUUCCGGUGAGGCACAUGCUAUUAAACUUCUGGAAGCAGCUGGCGUAGAUUUGGGAACAGUACAAAAAGUUAGCGAUUCGUGUCUGACCCACGAGAACAAUAUUGUUUCAUUACAGGGCGUAAAGGUUCCCGAUGAAAAUCUAACACCACAACAGCGACAACACAGAGAAGAGCAGUUAGCAAAAAUUAAAAAAAUGAACCAAUUUUUAUUUCCCGAGCACGAAAAUACUGUUGGUGUCAGUGUAUCAAAUCAUAUGCCAAAGUUACAAGGUGACAUAAUGAUUGGUGUUUCAGGGAGCGGAGUAAGUUCCAUGAUUAAUCCUCAAAUGCGUCAAAUGCCCUUGUUAGGAACAGUUAAGCCAGAACUCAUUAGCGGACAGGCAAAAGGAAUUGCGGAGGAUGUUAUUCUGCCCAUUGAUGUAAUGGCAGAUAUCGGGUCUGUGAUGGGCUGUAACAAUAAUCAGAAGAACAGCUUGCAGGGUGGAUCAGGAUCCGGAGUUUCAUCUGCAACGGGUGGUUCUGCAAAUACAAUGAACGUGAAUAUUCAAAGCUCUUUAAAUUCCACUGACUUGUUACCACCUUUUGGCAAUACCACCUGCAGCGCAAGCAGUGUUGGAUCUGGGACGGAUAUACCUAAAAACGUCACAAAUCAAGAAGGUCUGAACCAAGGACAUCAAACAGGAGUAACGCAAAUGGAGUGGUCCAAGUUGCAGCAACAGUUUUUUGAUGAGCGACUAAAAGGCACCAAAGCAAAAACAGGAUCGACAUCUAUUCAUCAGCAAUCAUCUGUUAAUGGUGGCUCUACAUCUAACAAUCAGGUGCGAUCUUUGCAGGGCCCGCCACCACCCUAUCACUCCACGCAACGGUCGGCAUCGGUGCCAAUUGACUCUCAGUCCCCGAAUCCCUCGAGUCCAAACAACUUAUCCCUACCUUCACCUCGUACAACUGGCACAAGCAUGGGAUUACCGUCCAAUUCGCCAAAUAUAGAAACCUCCUUGCCAGGAUCGGCUGCGACUGCUAUUGUUUCAAACAUAGGAGCUCCGACAUCAACGGCUCAACCUAGCACAGCAACUCUUAGUGGCUCUAAGAACUGUUUUCAAGGGGAAGUUUUAUCACCUUUGAAUCAUAAUUCAAGUCGAAAUCGUAAUAACGGAUCAACAAGCUCUUUGACCCUUAAUUUAAACAGCAAUCCUGGAACUCCUCUUUCCCAUGUUUCCCCAAAGGAACUGGAACACUUUAACCAGAAUUCUACUGUAGAUAACAUAAAAAACAGACGACCAAGCUCGCAUGGACCACGAUCGCCUGGGUCAAUGGAAGCCAAUGUUGACUCGAGAUUUGCUGCAUCUAGCCCUGGCCUUAUAUUUAAUCAUCAUUCGAAUUUAAACAACAAUCCAUCGUUAAAUCCAUAUAAAAUAUCAAAUUCCAAUUUACAAGUGGAGCGUCAAUCUUCGGGACUUGUCGGAUCCGUACAGUUUAAUCGACGUUCAGAUAAUAUUCCUCUAAAUCCCAAUGGUAAUCGCUCUUCAACGAACAAGAUGGUUCAAAAUUUUGAUCCAAUCUCAUCACUGGCGCAGAUGUCCCAACAAUUAACUAAUUGUGUUUCUGGUGUGGGAAGCCCAGUUGGAACUGGUGGAAUAAGCAUGAUAAGCGGAUCCGGAUCAGGAGACAUUAAUAUGGAGCAUGGAAUGAUUUCAGGUUUAGAUGCCACUGCUAUAGAUGUAAUUAAUCAAAACAGCUGCCAUUCUAUAAACCCCAUGAUGAAUUCAUUAGGUCAACGAAUGCUUAACCCGAAAAUGUGCGCUCCGGGCGUUCCAGGUGCCUCACCGUCUUUUAACGCUAAUUCUCCAAACGGUGUAAUAAGAGACUUCGGUUCUGGCCCUAUCUCAGGUUCUGGAAGUGCCCCCAAUUUUCAGAAUGUUUUGCCUCCUGGUGCACGUCUAAUGGGUAGAAUCCCUGUCAAUUUUGGAUCGAACUUUAAUCCUAAUAUACAAGUAAAGGCAAGUACUCCAAAUACUAUACAGUACAUGCCCGUUCGCCCGCAGAAUAAUUCGAAUAAUAAUAACAAUGGAGUGAGCAAUGUGCGAAUGCCGCCAAGUCUUGAAUUUUUGCAUAGAUACGCAAAUCCGCAAAUGACUUCAGUCGGUAAUGGGCCACCGACGGUGGAUGGUGGUAUGUUAGUAGGAUCUGGAACAGGUGCCAUGAUCGUAAGCUCUCCCGGCGACCAGCAAAACAAGAUUUCUAAUCCAGGUACUGGAACCAUAAACUUUUACCAAAAUUGUAACCAACUUGCUAUGAUGGAAGAAGAUGGAAGCCUAACUGGCCAUGAUGUUGGUAUGGGUAUUGGUCAACCUUCAUUAAUAAGAGGAAUGCGGCCGCAUGGCUUGCGACCGCAUACAACGGGUCCUCGUAUUCAAUCUUCAGUCAAUAGGCAAAAUCAGUUUUCACAUAAUGCGGAUACUCUAGAUUGCGUCGGAGAUGGUUCUGCGAUUUUUAAUGGCACUGCUUGUAACAAUACCGGAUCAAAUAUGUUUUCUGCGUCACAACAAUCUAAUCAAGCCAAGCCUCACCACCUAAAGACUAUGACAAGUGGAAUAUGUCAAAAUCCGACGAGUGUUGGGGGACCAAUCCCUCUGCAAGGGCAAGGACAGUUACAGAAUCUAAUUGGACCCAGCAAUAAUAAUUUAAUGGCGCCCACAGGAAAUAGUGCCCCGCAAAAUGGAUCUAAUAUAAACUUUGUUGGACCAUCGUCAAAUGAUUUAAAAUAUGCACAGCAAUACCACAGUUUUCAACAACAACUUUACGCGACAAAUACUAGAAGUCAACAACAGCAGAUGCAGCAGCAAGGAAAUAUUAUGGCAAUGUCACCACACUUGUCACCAAAUCCAGCAUUCUUUGUAAACAAAUAAUUUCCCUUUCUGUCAUUUUUUAAUACUAGUCUUUAAGUUACUGCAACCAUUUUUUAAUAUGAUCUAACAAAAUUAUCUAA